UUUUUCAAAUUUCAAUUCUCCAUCUCUCAGAUCUCGCCCUUAUUUUCACUUUAUUCCGUCCCCAAAUUUAUUUUCUUAUAAACCCUAAUCUCCCAAUUUCAAUUUCCAUGAAUUAACUCUAUAAAAAUCGUACUCAAUUUUAUUAAUUUGAAACUAAAUAAAUAAAAAAGUUUGAAUUUUUUUUUUCUUCCGAAUGUUAUAUAAUUGAAUUGUAGAAAUAUUCUGUAAAAGCAGUGAUGUUCUAUGGAACAGUAGUAUGGGAUCCAUGGCUAAUAGUAGCACAAAUAGUAUGUAUACAAUGUUUAUAUUAUAUUACACUUGGUGUAUUCAUGGGUGUUUUUGUCGGAACUAGGGUUUCUAAGUUGUCCCUUGUUUAUUUCUUUGAUUUUGCUACUGUUACGCUUUCGACUGUCACCGGUUGGUGUGUUAUCGCUUCAUUUAUCCUCAGCUCUGUUGCAGGAGCUGGUAUUUUGCUUUAUUUGAUUGAGAGAGCAAAGAAGUGCCUAGAUUUUGCAGCCACCCUUUACAUCAUCCAUCUAUUCAUAUGCAUCUUAUAUGGAGGUUGGCCUUCAUCAAUAACAUGGUGGGUUGUCAACGGUACUGGAUUAGCAGUAAUGGCUUUGUUAGGAGAAUAUUUGUGUAUACAACGUGAAUUGCGAGAAAUUCCCAUUUCAAGACUUCGAUCUAGUGUUUGACAGACAGAAGCAAACUCAGAAAAGCACUGAACCAGGAUAUAUUAACAGCAUAUUAUUGCCUUUAAUGUGGUCUGGGAUUGAAUGCACAGCUUUUUUGUUUCAAACAUUAUGAUGUGUAUCAGUUUGUGGUGUUGACUAAUGAAGGCAACUUAGGGAAUUUGAAUUUGGUGGGUGUCUUUUGCAUGCUGCACACUCUUACCAACAUUUCAAGUUCUGGUAUAGAGACAAACCUUAAAAAUUAUCAAUGUUCUGAUUGUGCCAAUUAACAUUGAGUUUUGGAGGUUUGUUUUCAGUUUGUUGUUUUCGUAUCUGGUGUGCAGAACAUGAUUUAUAAGUUUUAAAUUUUGUUCGUA